AUGACAAAAUCAGAUGGGGAGCUUGCAGAGUUCUUAGCCAAGAUCAAACUGCCCACGCCACUGAUCCCCAAAGAGAUGCGUUUUCUGGUGGCAGGACAAAUGCCAUUUGUCUGUAUUACAAAGCAGCCCCUGAUGAAAAGAUAUAUUACUAUGAUUUUACUAGCCUCUAUCCCUUCAUCAACAAAACAAACCAAAACAAAACAAUAUCCUCUUGGGCACCCCAAAGUUAUUUUUGAGACUGUUGACACCCUGACGGCCUACUUCGGGAUGGUCAAAGUAAAGGUGUACCCGCCUCAUGGGCUCUUUUUCCCUGUGCUUCCCGUGAGGGUAAAUGGCAAGCUAUUGUUUCCCUUGUGCCACACUUGUGCUGAAACCUGCCAGGCCCUCUGCACCCACAGUGAUGAAGAAAGAGCCCUUGUGGGUACCUGGUGUUCCAUUGAACUGAACAAGGUUCUGGAGAAGGGCUAUAGGGUUUGUGAAAUCUAUGAGGUUUGGCAUUUUGAACAGAGAGCUAGCAGUCUUUUCUCAGAUUAUAUAAAGCUCCACCUCCGCCAGAAGCAGGAAGCUUCAGGCUACCCAGCCUGGUGCACAGAUGAUGACCAAAAAGCUAAAUAUGUUGAAGUUUACAGGCAGAAAGAAGAUGUCAUUUUGCAGCCUGAACAUAUUAAGAAAAACCCUGUCAAACAUCAAAUUGCAAAACUGUGUUUAAAUUCUCUUUUACAAUGUGUCCUCCUGGAUUUUAUCGAUGAGGAUGCGGCCACUGUCUCAUGGAAGCACGCCAAAGGACGUGUGACCCUGGAGCGCGAUACUAACAUUUUUAUAGCGUGCUUCACCACAGCAUACGUGCACCUAGAGCGCCCCAAAUCCUACGGCUAUUUUGCAGUCUGGAGGAAAGUGUUGUUUAAACGUCAAAGGCAUCAUUCUAAAUGCAACAAACAGAGAAAACAGAUCAAUUUUGAGGCCCUAAGGGAUCUCAUGUUGGAUUAUGGUGUAAAUCCAGACAGUGACGACCCUAAAAAGACUGUGAUAGUGCAGCGCUCUAUUGUUAAGAACAAACAGAAGUGCAGAAUAGAAACAGCUGCAUUUACCAUGAUUGGCACUUCCACACAUUUGUCGAAUCAGUGCUCACAGUUUGCUAUACAAUCAUUCUGCUACUUUGUGUUUCCUCUGUGUGAUGAGCAUUCUCCAAGCCCUAAGCUGCGGGAACUGUGCUGGGAUGAAUGUGAAGUUCUGGAGAACGAUCUCUGUAGGCAGGAAUACAACAUUGCUAGGUCAAACCCCCUCAUUUUGAUGCAGCUACAGUUGCCUAAAUGUGAGGAUCUCCCACAACCUGACACCUUGGAGGCUGCCAACUGCAUAAGGAUAGGGAUUCCUGUGGAGAGACUCAACCGAUAUCAUCAAUGCUACAAUGGUUCUGGAGCAGAUUAUAGAGGUACGGUCAGUGUUACCAAAUCUGGCCACACUUGUCAACUCUGGGACUCUCAGAAUCCCUACAACCAUGAUCUGACAAGCACACAGUUUCCAGAGCUAGGUGGAGGACACGCAUAUUGCCGAAAUCCUGGAGGCCAGAUGGAUGGGCCCUGGUGUUUUACAAAGAAUAAAAACAUACGCAUGGAACUGUGUGCCAUACCAUCUUGUAGCUCACAUGACAACAGCAAAAUGGGAAUCCUCUACAUCCUGAUUCCCAGCAUAGCUAUCCCUUUGGUUAUCGCCUGCCUUUUCUUCUUGGUCUGUAUGUGCAGAAACAAACAGAAGGCAUCUGCUGCUACAUCGCAGCAUCGCCAGCUGAUAGCACCUCCUAGACAGGACAUGGAAAUGCCACUCAGUAGUCAGCGUAAACAGGCUAAACUUAAAGAAAUCAAUCUGUCGACUGUGCAGUUUAUGGAGGAACUAGGAGAAGAGAGGUUUGGCAAAGUCUACAAGGGACAUCUUUUUGGUAUGACACCAGGUGAACAGACACAAGCUGUUGCUAUCAAGACACUUAAAGACAAAACAGAAUUGGUUCUUCGGGAAGAAUUCAAACAUGAAGCAAUGCUGAGAUUGCGGUUACGGCACCCAAACAUUGUUUGCUUGCUGGGAAUAAUGAAUAGUUAUUGUUCUCAUAGUGACCUCCAUGAGUUCUUGGUGAUGAGAUCUCCUCAUUCAGAUGUUGGCAGCAUUGAUGAUGACAAGACAACAGUAAAAUCCACUCUGGAACCAGCAGAUUUUUUCCACAUCAUGACUCAGAUAGCUGCAGGAAUGGAAUACCUUUGAAGCCACCAUAUUGUCCACAAAGACUUAGCAACUAGAAAUAUAUUGGUGUUUGAUAAACUUAAUGUAAAAAUAUCUGAAUUAGGUCUUUUCAGGGAGGUUUACACUGCUGAUUACUAUAAACUGAUGGGAAAUUCCCUUCUUCCUAUCCAAUGGAUGUCCCCUGAGGCUAUUAUGUAUGGCAAGUUUUCUAUUGAUUCGAAUAUCUGGUCAUAUGGAGUUGUGUUGUGGGAAGUUUUCAGCUAUGGCCUGCAGCCUUACUGUGGUUAUUCUAACCAGGAUGUUGUUGAGAUGAUCAGGAAUCGCCAGGUUUUGCCAUGUCUUGACGACUGCCCCAUGUGGAUAUACACUUUGAUGUUGGAGUGUUGGAAUGAAUUUCCCAACAGAAGACCAAGAUUUAAAGAUAUAGACAGACUAAGAACAUGGGGAAAUCUUUCUAAUUGCAACAGCUCAGCACAAACCUCUGGGGCAAACACCACCACACAAACAAGUUCUCUCAGCAGAAACCCUGUUAGUAACGUCAACAAUGCUAGGUAUGUUGGACCAAAGCAGAAAACUCAAGCUUUCCUUCAACCUCAGUUCAUACAAAUGAAAGGGCAGAUAAGACUGAUGGUCCCACCUCCUCAGCUCUACAUUCCAGCCAAUGGUUACCAGCCAAUGCCUGCCUAUGGCGCUUACUUGCCAAAUUUUUACCCUGUCCAAAUUCCAAUGCAAAUGAUUCCUCAGCAGGUUCCUCCCCAGAUCAUUCCCAAACCAGGCUCCCACCACAGUGGGAGUGGAUCCACCAGCACAGGCUACGUAACAACAGCACCUUCUAACACAUCAGUGGCCAACAGGUCUGCUUUGCUCUCAGAGGCCAUGGAAGACACGCACAAUGGAACAGAAGAUAUUGCUCAGAAUCCUGUCCAGGAGGAGGAGGAAGAGGAGGAGUCUGUACCAGAAACAGGAUUACUGGGUGAUAAUGACACACUUCAGAUGGACGAGGCAGAAAUUCAAUGUGAAGCCUAA